AUGAAUAUUAGACAAGCAACGUCCGAUGACUUACUUGCUAUGCAAAAUUGUAAUAUUAUGAAUUUACCCGAGAAUUAUCAAAUGAAGUAUUAUUUUUAUCAUGCAUUAUCUUGGCCGCAAUUAUCAUUUGUCGCUGAAGAUCAUAAAGGAAGGAUUGUUGGUUAUGUGUUAGCUAAAAUGGAAGAAGAUCCCGAAGAAGCACCACAUGGUCAUAUAACAUCACUUUCCGUGAUGAGAACAUAUCGUAGAUUAGGUGUCGCCGAAAAAUUAAUGACACAAGCUCAAAAAAAUAUGGUGGAAGUAUUUAAUGCUCAAUAUGUUUCGUUACAUGUUCGUAAAAGUAACAGAGCAGCUUUAAAUUUAUAUAAGGAUACUUUGAAAUUCGGGAUCCAUAAAGUGGAAGAUAAAUAUUAUGCAGAUGGGGAAGAUGCUUAUGCCAUGAGAAAAGAAUUACAACCUAGUAAUUCAGCUACUUCUAUUAUUAGUACGAAAACAUAA